AUGCCACUUGGAUUACGGGCUGGCUCUGGGCUUGGCGGAAAGGGACAGGAAAAGGCUGUGGGCACAGCAAGAAAAGCUCCAGUUUGCUCAUCUCAAGCUAGCAACAAUCAUGCUCAGAAGGCCACGCGCUGCACAAAGUCUAGCACCAAGGCUCUCCGCGAUAUCAGAAGACAGCAACUUGAUACUAGCUCCCAUUCCAGCGUCUUGUUAGGGAAAUCACAGAAGACUCACGAGCAGCCUGAGUCCAUUAUCGAGGCUACGCUCCUAUCCUGGGUUCCGCCAAUCCAAUCCGCUUUAACGUCGUCAGCGGUAUCAACGGCCGCGACCCAGGACGUCUCGCUGGCAGAGGCGACCUCAACUCCAGCGAGGCUUGCUUCUUCGGGUGGUGGUGAUAACCCCUUUCCACCGCCAGGAACUGCAUCACGUGAUCUAAACCGAACAGCCUCGCUGUUGGGGAAAACGGACAUUCCCGUGGGAUACCGUGGGCUUUUACGCCCAAAAUGACGGGUAAUCCCCGUGAGACCGUCCAGCUUCCCGGCUGAUUUACGGGUGAGACAGUGGCGCCAUACUAUUGGGAGCCACUGACCCAAGCCCAGCUGAGCCCGGAAAGCUCAGCUUGUCAGGGUUUCGGGGGUUUCCCCCAGGCCUACAAGUAGCUACGUCGGACAUAUCAGUACCUCGGAC